UGCGCGUGUCAGUGGCAGAGCCUAUAUUAACGUCGAUGGGAAGAGCGCAUGAAGUCGCGCACGCUGAGGGAGCGCCACAGACUCGGAGCAGCGGAGCACCAUGAGGGAGAUAGUCCACAUCCAAGCGGGUCAGUGCGGGAACCAGAUCGGAACCAAGUUCUGGGAGGUGAUCAGUGAGGAACACGGGAUCGACGCAGCGGGGAACUAUGUGGGUGACUCGGCUCUGCAGCUGGACCGGAUCAGUGUCUACUAUAACGAAGCUUCCUCUCAUAAAUAUGUCCCCCGGUCCGUGCUGGUGGACCUGGAACCAGGAACCAUGGACAGUGUUCGGUCCGGAGCCUUUGGGCAGCUCUUCAGACCCGAUAACUUCAUCUUUGGUCAGACAGGUGCUGGGAACAACUGGGCCAAAGGUCACUACACUGAGGGGGCGGAGCUUGUGGACUCAGUCCUGGACAUCGUGAGGAAGGAGUGCGAACACUGUGACUGUCUGCAGGGUUUCCAGCUGACCCACUCUCUGGGAGGAGGAACCGGUUCUGGGAUGGGUACACUGCUCAUCAGUAAGAUCCGUGAGGAGUAUCCCGACCGCAUCAUGAACACCUUCAGCGUCAUGCCUUCCCCUAAGGUGUCGGACACGGUGGUGGAGCCGUACAACGCCACCCUGUCGGUCCACCAGCUGGUGGAAAACACGGAUGAGACCUACUGCAUCGACAACGAGGCCCUUUAUGACAUCUGCUUCCGCACCCUAAAACUGACCACACCCACCUAUGGCGACCUAAACCACCUGGUGUCGGCCACCAUGAGCGGAGUAACGACCUCGCUCCGUUUUCCCGGACAGCUCAAUGCCGACCUCCGAAAGCUGGCCGUCAACAUGGUGCCAUUCCCGAGGCUCCACUUCUUCAUGCCAGGCUUCGCCCCCCUCACGGCGAGGGGCAGCGUGCAGUACCGCGCCCUCACUGUUCCCGAGCUCACCCAGCAGAUGUUUGAUGCCAAAAACAUGAUGGCGGCCUGCGACCCUCGCCACGGCCGCUACCUGACGGUCGCCACGGUGUUCCGAGGGCCGAUGUCCAUGAAGGAGGUGGAUGAGCAGAUGCUGAACAUCCAGAACAAGAACAGCAGCUACUUUGUGGAGUGGAUCCCCAACAACGUGAAGGUGGCCGUCUGCGACAUCGCCCCCUGUGGGCUCAAGAUGGCCGCCACCUUCAUCGGGAACAGCACAGCAAUUCAGGAGCUGUUCAAGCGGCUCUCAGAGCAGUUUUCAGCCAUGUUCCGACGGAAGGCCUUCCUGCACUGGUUCACCGGAGAAGGGAUGGACGAGAUGGAGUUCACAGAGGCAGAGAGCAACAUGAACGACCUGGUGUCGGAGUACCAGCAGUACCAGGAGGCCACGGCCAAUGACGGCGAGGAGAACUUCGAGGACGAAGAUGAGUAGAUCGAGUGAAAACUCAAAUGAAACGCUGGACUAGUCUGAGUUCUAGUUUCCAGCAAGUUUGGAGAAACAUCUUCCAGAAAUCUCAUCAUUCAUGUUCCUGGGAUUUCUGGACUUAUGGGAAUCUUGAUGCCUCGAUUAUUAAACUGAUAAAAAUUUAUUAGGAAUAUUUGCUUUAAAAUGAGGAAUAAAUAAAUAAAUAAAGUUAAACUAA